UACAUGGCUCUGCCUGAUGUCAUCAGAGGAGCUUUGUACAUCAAGAGGGGUUGUAAAUUCCACACGCGAACCGGGUGGAGGCUUCAUAUAUACACACAUUGAGUGGAGGUGAGAAGAGGAUGAUGCAAGCAGACUGAACGAUGACGGGCAGUGUGAUCCGUCAAGACAUGGAUGCUGAUUAAGGUGGACCAUAGAAAUAAAGUACACGAUGGAACUACAGACCAUGUGAUGCCAGUGGCAGUCAUGUUUUCCAAGAUAUUUCCAUAUAAGAAUGCUCAAGAGGACACAUUAUUAGGCUAUGUCAAAUCAAAUUGUAUUUGUCACAUGCGCUGAAUACAACAGGUAUGGCCAUUUGAUUCAUGAAUAUGCAGCUUGAAGGUAGAUUGUCUAUGGAUUGUACUGGCCAUAUGACAGAUGCAGUCAUAGGCUCUCUAUCUUACAUUGCCUCUAACGUUUUGCUCGGUUGAAACCUCUGGUUGUACUGUGAUAAGGAUAGUUUAACUGACAGAUUAUUUUACAUAGUUUAGCAGACACUCUUAUCCAGAGCAAUUUACAAUAGUGAGUGGAUACAUUUUCAUACGGGUCCCCUGUGGGAAUCAAACCAACUGAGCUGCACACAACCACACUACAACAUUGCAUCUAGGGAAAAGAGAUGGGUUUAGAAAAGCUGCAGCCACAGACGUUGCCUUUAAGGAAGCCUGCCUAUAGAACACCCUUCCUGCCUAUAGAACACACUUCCUGCCUAUAGAACACACUUCCUCCCUGUAAAACACCACAGCGUACUGAUGCACAGGAAAUCAUCCUGUAUUCUGUGAUGUUGCUAGCGUUGCUAUGAAAAGCACUCUCAAAGUGUCCCUUCUCAUAUAUUUUUAAGAGUAGGGCUUGGCAGAUGCAGGUUCUUUGCGAGGGGCAGAUUGUUAUCUCUAAUCUUCCUGAGACACCCCUUUUACACAGAGAGGCAUCCCAUCUCAAGUUGAAUUGAACCCUAUUACGACUCCCUCACUACACAAAUACUCGAUAGACUACACCAGUCGCACUCACCCUCGAGAAAGCACGUUAGUUUUCAUUUUUGUAUUAUUGCCCUCUUGUUGGUCUCCAUAUAACUGUAGUAAUGUAUUUCUUCUAGAAAAAGCAUGCUUUUUGGGUCUGUUUGCUGGUCUGCAUAGUGCCUUUUCUCGGCCUCAGCAGUCCUUUUAAGGCACCGAGAGACAGGGGACAACCAGAGAGGCAGGGGGAGAAAGAGAGGUUAAGGGGUGGGGAGAAGGAGGAGGGGGAGUGGCGGAAGCUGCAGGCACCGCUGAGCGCAGUACAAAGAGAGCGAAACGAAAGGCAGCAGCAGUAAAAUAAACAGCAUCCCUCCAGCACAGAUAAAGAGAUAGAGACGCAGGAUAGAGAGAGAAAGAGAUCAGCAAGACGGACGGAGAAGACUCCCGAGAGUUCCCGGGACGGGGCUUGCACAGAGAGUCAGACAGAGAAAGAAAUAGAUUUGGAAUCCUCUUGGCAUGUGAGUGUGUCCUUUGACGCUUGGCGCUGUGUGCAGUUGUAACGAGUGUGUGCGGGGAAGAGUUGUCCUGGCGACAUCAGGACAUUUUGGUACGGGAAUGUGGUGCAGCUAAGCCAGGUUGGCCAGGAAGGAAGGAACACCUAUCAGCAUGCUGGGGAAGGAUUACAUGCUCGCCAUCAUCAUAGUCAAUUAUGACGACAACAUCUGGAACGACCCGAGUCUUGAUCUGGACACUGACCUGCCGUCUGGGUGGCGCACCAUCAGGGACAGCACUGGCACCUACUACUGGCACGUGCCUACAGGCACCACACAAUGGCAGCACCCAUCCUACAGCAAUGAGGAGGACCAGAGCGCCGUCAAUGGCGUCACUGCCACGGACCUCAAGAGCCUGGAGGCUGGUGGCAUACGUGGCUCAAGGGCAAGGCUGACAGAGAGCCCAGUGGCCUCCGUAAAUGACAGGAUCUCCUGGCAGGACGAUUAUUUCUGCACCAACAUGGAUCCUGACUCCAAGUGUUUUGCGGUGCGCUCACUGGGCUGGGUGGAGAUCCCAGAGGAGGAGCUGACCCCGGGGAAGAGCAGUCUGGCUGUCAAUAACUGCAUCCAGCAGCUGUCCAGCAGCAAGGCUGAGGGCCGCGAUGCACUAGGCGCCUGGGGAGAGGGCCAGGACAUGAUGAUGGUGCUGAAGAAGGACACCCUUAGCCUGAUGGACCCAGUGGACCGCAGCCUUAUCCACUGCCAACCUAUCAUCAACAUCCGUGUGUGGGGCGUGGGAUGCAACAACGGCAGAGACUUUGCCUUUGUGGCCAGUGACAAAGACACCUGUAUGCUGAAGUGCCAUGUGUUUCGCUGCAACGCCCCAGCAAAAACCAUCGCCACGGCUUUGCAUGAAAUGUGCUCAAAGAUCAUGGCAGAGAAGACGACUAGAAGCCCAUCUAUGGCCCGCUCCCUCACCAUGGAGAACAUCUCCCCCGAGGACCUGCCACGUCAAGUGGACUUCCUGGAUGCAAUGAGGAAAAGGGUGCAGAAGUUUGAGGUGCAGUACAUCGGAAACCUGCCUGUCUCCAGGGCGAUGGGUAUGGAGGUGCUGAACCGGGCCAUAGAGAGCAUCAUGAACACCUCAGACAGUGACGAGUGGGAGCCCAUCGUCAUCCACAUCUCCGACACUGUGCUUUCACUCUGGAAAGGAGAGGAUGGAGAUGAUCCCUUCUGGGAAUGUCAAGUGCGUUACCUGACCUUUCUGGGUGUGGGCCAUGACACACACACCUUUGCAGUGAUAGUGGACUGCGGGACGCAACGUUUUGAGUGUCAUGUUUUCUGGUGUGAGCCGGACGCAGGGAUCAUCUCUGAGGCUGUGCAGGCUGCGUGCAUGGUCCAGUACCAGAAGUGCUUGGUGGCCCAGACUCCACCACCCAGGUCCAAAAUGUGGCAGGCGGGUUCCAAGGUGAAGAGGGCCAACUCCAUGGACGGCUUCACUUUCCCAGCUCCCCUUCACCAAGGACUGUCCCCACCCAUGACUGGCUCCUCCACAGCCAAAAAGGGCAUGCUGGCGUUUUUUGAGACUUUCAGAAAUAAACAGUCAGCAGUUUCCACACCAUAACAACCAGAUAGGGAGGGAGGCGGGAGGGAGCAAGUGAGAGAAGGGGACUUGGGUAAAGGGAGGUGCGGCAAAUCAGUUUAAGGGCGAAGGGUAGAAUGUAUAACAGAUGUAUAACCAGCCAUUAGAAUGUGAAGAUUGAAGGCCAGCUGAGUUUCUAUUUGACCAGGAUGACCAUUAUCUUAAACAAAACAAACUUUUUCUGCAUUUCUGCUUCUACUGUGUUUCUUUGGGUAUACAACAUAUCUCAACUAGGCUGGUUUGUGGUACAGAUUUAGAAAAGAACACUGAGGUGCUGUACUCUCACAUUCCACACCGUUCUUAUCAAGGAAGAGUUUAAGUCAUUAGGAUCUUGACUUGUGCUUUUAUUGCAAAAUACCAUCAAAUACACAACAAUGGCUCCCUAGUUCUAGGUGAAACAUACAGUAGCAAAAAAUAUGGUGCAGUAAUUGACUACUCUUUAAUAUAGUUUUCUGAUAUUGAACAUCAGCAAAAUGUAACAGUGACCUCAUUCUUGUACAAUCAAUGUAGCUGGGUAGGUUGUGUUAAAUACUUAUACUGUUCUUUCUAAUAAAUGUAAAAGGAUCUUUAACUUCAGAUAUAUUCAUAGAAGUGUGUCAACUUAUAGCCUAUAGUCCCUCUGACAGUUGACAACAAAUAGAUUUCAAAUGUGAGAUUAGGCAUCAUAAAUAUGGGAGAGAAGAUAUCACACUCUACAUUCCUCCAUUAUUCAAAUUAGACGUGGCAAAAUCGAGAAUCAUACCGACGAACAUCUAGACCCCAGUUUGUCAACAGCAAAUGAAGUCCAAUCAGAUCUGGGCUUUGGUACAAUUUUGAUGCAGCAUACUCAGAAAGAAUCCCUUUGAGCAGGAUUCAGGAGAGGCGCCAGUGCCACGGUGGUCUUCACAUUAGAGUGAAAGAGAAGGUGUUUUAUUUCUGUUCUGAAAAAGGUUUGUGUUAGUACAAGCAGCACAAAAAGCAUAAAAGUCCCCCGAAGCUCUACAGAAGCACUGCAUGCUUUCGCACACGCCUGGGAAUGAAAUGCUUUGCUCAGGUACUUUCCAUGCUAUUGGCAAUGAAAAAAAAAGAAAGACUGACUCUCACUAGUAAAACUGAAAUCAAGUCAAUGACUAAACUCUAAAUGCAAAACAGUCCCCACCACUGAAAGCCUGUGUUGUGUUGCUCCUAUUGGAGGACACGCUAAACAGCAUUUUCACUUGAGAAAACACCAAAACACACUGAAUCCCUCCCAAAAUAAAGACUUAUUUGCACUGCAUUGAAUUAAGUAUGGGGGAGGGGGGAAAGGCACUUGGUUUAUUGCAUGCUGAUUUUCAAAGUCAUUUACGACAGUAGGCCCACUGUAUGCUGUGAAACACUUGGGCACAUAAAAGGAAUGGCACUUCAGAGAGGUCAUGCUAUAUAUUACCGAUAUGCAACAGCUCCUCUUCCCCCAUUCUAAAUAGGCAUUAUAUGAGAAAACAACUCAGGUCUCCAUAUUAGUGGAAGGUUCAUGUCAAAGUUGGAAGAAUGAAAAGGUGGAGCUUUGGCGUAAAAUAACAUGGGUGGAGAUGUGAAAUACGUUUUAUCCAGGAGAACUUGGGAGAGGUGAUGUCAUAAAAAAGCUAAUGUAGCACCUUGAGAUUCUUUUGGUUUCUGCUAUUUAUACUACUAGUAAAUACAUAUGUCUCUCUCUAUAUAUAUAUUUGCAAUAUUUUAGCACAAAAGAAAAUAGGAUGUCAUGUAAAUGCAAACUAUUUUAAAUUGUGAUUAUUUCUCGCAGUUGUACCUCACUUGGUCCACACUGUGGUGGUCUAUGCUGGAAUAAUAAAUUGCUUGGAAAUCCUG